CGAGCGGGCCUCGGCGCUGGUGCUGCCGGCGCGGACCCACAUUUACGUUGAUCAUUGGAGAAAACUCCACAGGUGAUGGAGGACUCACUGCAUGAAGACUCUCAGCCAUGGUAUAAUCAACAAGUAUAUGCAAGAUACUGGAAGCAUUACAAUCAAGCCAUGCAUUGGAUGUACAAGCACAAAAAUGCCUACAGGAAAGCCAUGGAGUCCUUUUAUCAUCUGUCAUGGUAUCCAUCCGAAACCUUUCCUUCAAGCCGUUACUCAGAUUGGGAUGGAGGCAACCCAUCGGAUGCUGACAACUAUUCUACUUACGCUCCAAACAGCAGAGCGCGAUACCCUUCCUGGCCCCAGCAAUACCCAGGUGCCCAUUGCAGUUCUGGAGUGAGCAAGGAUAUGGGCAGGGAUUCUGAAAUGGAGAAGGAUUCUGAGUCUGAAGAGGAGAUAGAAUGUGAUCUGAGCAACAUGGAGAUCACAGAGGAGCUCCGCCAGUAUUUUGCACAGACAGAGGCGCACAGGCAGGAGUUACGGAAGCAGCAGCAGCUUGAAGCCGAGCACCAGGCCAUGUAUGUCGAAGCUGAUCAUGACCUGCACCUAACAACACGACGUUCGGUACAACCCCCUGCAGAAAGACCCGGGGAGAGACGUAUGGCUGAAAUGAAGAAACUCUAUGGUGUGGGUGCGUCCAAAAUCCAAGCCAUGGAGACUGCCAUGCAACUUGCCUUUGAUAGGAACUGUGAUAAAAAGCAGCCCAAGUACUGGCCUGUUAUCCCCCUGAAACUGUGAGCUGUAUCAUCUUCUGUACUAGCAGUCCAGCGCUGCAGCUGUGGGUGCCCAAUCAGGCUACAUAGCUCAAUGAAUGAAUCAGGGGUCCUCACUUGUU